AUGGUAAUUGCUCCUGAUUGGAACAAACCUUUCGAGAUUAUGUGUGACGCGAGUGAUUGGGCGGUAGGUGAUGUGUUAGGACAAAGGAAAGAAAAUGUGUUUCAUUCAAUUUACUACGCAAGUAAGAUUUUGAAUGAGGCACAAAUUAAUUACACCACAACAGAGAAGGAAUUAUUGGCCAUAGUUUUUGCUUUUGAAAGAUUUAGGUCUUACUUGAUGGGAACAAAGGUAAUUGUACAUACCGAUCACGCAGCCAUCAAGUAUUUGAUCUCAAAGGAAGAUGCAAAACCAAGGUUAAUAAGAUGGGUGCUUUUAUUGCAAGAAUUUGACUUGGAGAUACUUGAUAGAAAGGGAGUAGAGAAUCAAGUAGCGGACCAUUUGUCUAGGUUAGAAGAACCCGAGAUAGGAGGAAUGGACAUUAGUGAUAUUUUUCCGGAUGAAAGAAUCCUCAUGAUAGACCAACCAAAAACACCAUGGUUUGCGGAUUUAGCUAAUUUCUUGGCCUGUGGAAUAAAACCCUCUGAUUACAUAGGCCACAUGUUGAAAAAAUUAUUCCAUGAUGCUAAAUCCUAUCUGUGGGAUGAAUCGUUUUUGUUUAGACUUGCUGCAGAUCAGAUUUUAAGAAGAUGCGUGCCUGAAUCUGAUGUGCCAGCAAUCCUGCAGCAUUGCCAUCAUGCACCAUACGGAGGCCAUUUUGGAGGCCAAAAAAUUGCAACGAAGGUCCUACAGUCUUAUUUUAUGGGUCCGUUCCCUCCAUCAAAUAAUUGCCAAUACAUACUUGUGGUUGUUGACUACGUAUCCAAAUGGGUGGAAGCCAUGACAUGUAUGUCAAAUGAUGCCAAAGUUGUGGUUAAGUUCCUCCGAAAACAAAUUUUCACACGGUUCGGUACCCCAAGGGCACUAAUUAGUGACGAGGGUACCCACUUUGUGAACAAUUUGUUAAAAGGAGUUCUUGAAAAAUAA